CAUCGCAUGCCGGCCUAGAAACAGGGGAGAGUUGGACCUCCUACCGCCACCACACCCUCAAGGCCCCAAGGGGAGGACAUUCCCCAUCCGGCACUUCGAUCGCCCACCACCCGUAUUCUUUUUGUCCCGCCGCUAGACAUGCCUGACACCAGGGACUCCAGCAUGUCGCCCAUGUCUCGCAGUCCCCGCUCCUCCUCCCCCUCCAACGCCAACGUAAGAUCCGAACCAGAUGCCCACGGCCGCGUCUUUUCCCCUCUGCGCAUCGAGCAACGAGUAGACAAUUCCACCGACCACGCCUACCUCCAAGCCAACGGCGACUCCCGGAGGCCGGGCACCAGCAACUCUUCUGCGAGACUUGAUCCCGAGUACAGGAAUUCUCCUGGCUUCCCUUUCAAUGUCCCCAACGGUGCUUUUGGAGAGCCUAUGCCAAGUGAGCCUCUAGGCCCGUCGACCAAACCUGGCACCCUUGCUCCCUCCCCUAGCUUCAACCAAAUCGCCGACCCUACCGACUUCAACUCGCGUGGCCAAUUAUCGAGGAAACCCACCAACGAGGCCGGCAUUGCGACACCUCGCCGCAGUGUACAAUUCGCGCGCUCCACGACACAGGACAAUGCGACGGCAGGGCACUCGAGACAGGAGUCGUUGGAGGAGGAAGUAGAAGACGCCGAGCAGUCGCAUCGGGCAAAGGAACGGUCCAGGCUCAUUGCAAAGCUGAAGGCCAUCGCAAACCCGUUACAAGGACACAGCAGAAGCUUUAGUGGGUUCACCAUCGGCGAUGCUACUAUUGGCCAGAUUACGCCCACGGGUCCUUUGUCCCCCGAAUCCGAAAGGUCCCAACCGCGCUUUAUAACCGAGGAGGGCAGUGAGGCGGAUGAAGAGAGUGCAGGCGAGGGUGGCCCAUCACGGCCGGCUCGAAGAAAGCGGAAAACCAAGCGAUUCGACCCUGCUGGCGCUCACACUGCGCCCACGACACCGAGGACGAUCAACGGUCCUGCCUUUGCCUACGAUUCCCCCGGCGACACCCCUUCAUCCCCACUUCAAUACCCCCGCCCUCCUUUUGUGCGACGCGGCACCAUGUCAGAAAUCCCGGAGAACCAGAGAUUAGGCAUGUCGGAGGACGAAGGACGAGACAUGCUUGCGAAGGAGAGUGCGUGGAGAAGGGGUCUUCAUAGCCGCCGCAGGCUUAGCUUUUCAGGACGCAGAGGAGAGUCCACCCAGGAAGGAGAUGCCCGUCGGCCCAGCAAUUUCCGGAGGUUCACGGCAGGCAUUAGUGCACGUACAGACGGUGCCGCCGACUCUCCUUCUACGUGGAGACAGCGUGGAGAGCGGACCACAAGCAUCAGCGCGCAGAAAUGGCGACAGCUGAAGUCCGGGCUGAGAAUGCUCGGCAAGCAGAGGAAGGAACAGAAUCGUGUGGAUCAUGCUAAAUCUGCGGAGCUGGUUGCUGAACUUUUGGCUGGUGCACCAGCGGCACUGUUCCUCGCAAGCAUGUUCCAGCGUGAUGAACAUGGCCACAAGAAGAUCCCUAUCCUCAUGGAGCAGCUCAAGGUUUCAAUCCUUGACAGUACGAAGAUUGAAAACAAGGGUGGCGACCGCCAUCUGCUUUUCCGGAUAGAGCUCGAGUACGGCAGUGGCUUGACGCGUAUGAAAUGGAUCAUCCAUCGUACUUUGCGCGACUUCGCCAACCUGCAUCUGAAGUACAAGUUCCAGAGUCAGAGGGAGAAGUACAUCAGCAUGGCCGAGGACGCGAACCGCAGCAAGCUGCCCCGCUUCCCGCGCAGCGCGCUGCCUUAUCUGCGCGGCAUGCGUGGCUUGGUGGAUGAUGAUAUAGAAGACGAAGAUGACGAUGUUGGCGCUGAUCGUCCGCACACCGAUGGCGAAGCCAGCGGCACUGAAGGGCGUCCAGGGAAGGGCAAGGCGCGAAGACGCUCAUCCUUUAAGGUUGGGCGUCGGAACUCCAGCGUCAGCAGCCCGCAAAAUACUCCCGGCAUCGUUGGCGAGAUGACAGCACGAACGGGUAGCUUCUUUGGGGCGAUGCCGGCGACUCCAGGCCCUCGCAAGGACACCUACGCUGAGCGGCAACGCAAGAAGCUCGAACAGUACCUGCAGCAGCUAAUUACUUUCUUGAUGUUCCGUGCCGACAGCAACCGGUUAUGCAAGUUCCUGGAACUUUCAGCAUUGGGUGUUCGCCUUGCUCAAGAAGGUGGAUACCAUGGUAAGGAAGGCUUUAUGAUGAUUCAGUCUAGCAAGGGUAUCGACACGAGGAAAGGCUGGAAUCCCCAACUUUUCGCGCACAAGCACUCCCCCAAGUGGUUCCUCGUCCGGCAUAGCUACAUUGCCUGCGUCGACUCCCCUGAGGAAAUGAACAUCUACGAUGUCUUCCUUGUCGACCCCGAUUUCCGCGUGGAUGACAAGAAGAACCGUUUGCGAGACACAAACGCCAAGGAGCUGGCCAGCAAGGCCAAAACCUCGGCUACGCAUCCUAAGCAUCACCAAAUCCGCCUAGUCAACUCGGAGCGGAGGAUAAAACUGCUCGCUAAGAACGAAAGGCAACUGCACCAGUUUUACGAGUCCGUCAAGUUUAUGACUGCGCAGACGCAGUGGUCAAACAGCCAUAGAUUUGACAGCUUUGCCCCUGUGAGACACAAUGUCUGGGCCCAGUGGCUUGUGGAUGGCAGAGACUACAUGUGGAAUGUUUCUCGCGCCAUCAGUAUGGCCAGGGACGUCAUCUAUAUCCACGAUUGGUGGCUCAGUCCCGAGCUGUAUUUGCGCCGGCCUCCUGCGAUCAGUCAAAAGUGGAGAUUGGACCGUUUGCUGCAGCGCAAGGCCCAAGAAGGCGUCAAGGUCUUUGUCAUCAUGUACCGGAACAUCAACUCCGCCAUCCCCAUCGACUCCGAAUACACCAAAUUCUCCCUGCUAGACCUGCAUCCGAACGUCUUCGUUCAGCGUUCGCCAAACCAGAUCAAGCAGAACCAAUUCUUCUGGGCGCAUCACGAAAAGAUCUGCAUUGUCGACCACACCGUAGCCUUCUGUGGUGGCGUCGACCUUUGCUUCGGCAGAUGGGACACGCCCAAGCACGUUCUGAAUGAUGACAAGCUCACCGGGUUCGAGCUUGACAAUGAUCAGCCCAAGGAUGCGGACCACUGCCAAAUGUGGCCCGGCAAAGAUUACUCGAACCCCAGAGUGCACGAUUUCUACGAUCUUUCCAAACCGUACGAAGAAAUGUACGAUAGAGAGAAGGUCCCACGUAUGCCAUGGCACGAUAUCGGUAUGCAAAUAGUCGGUCAGCCGGCUAGGGAUCUUACUAGACAUUUCGUUCAGCGAUGGAACUAUCUCCGCAGGUCGAAGAAGCCCACGCGUCCCACGCCCUUCCUGCUUCCUCCGCCUGACUUUAUCCCUGCCGACCUCGAAGCGUUGGGCCUUGACGGUACCUGCGAAAUCCAAAUGCUGCGUUCAGCUUGCAAGUGGUCGUUGGGUACUCCGGAACGGACUGAGUGCAGUAUCAUGAAUGCCUACGUCAAGAGCAUUCAGGCUAGCGAUCACUUUGUCUACAUCGAGAACCAGUUCUACGUCAGUACUUGCAACGUAGAGGGCACGCCUAUCAAGAACAAGAUCAACGACGCUCUCUUUGAGCGCAUUACGCGCGCGCACAAGAACGGAGAAGACUGGCGCUGUGUCCUCGUCAUCCCGCUCAUGCCUGGCUUCCAAAACACUGUUGACAGCCAAGACGGAACAAGUGUGCGGCUGAUCAUGACUUGUCAGUACCGAAGCAUCUGCCGUGGCGAGUCGUCUCUCUUUGGGCGGUUGCGUGCCGCGGGCAUCGAUCCGGAAGACUACAUCCAAUUCUUCUCCCUCAGGUCAUGGGGCAAGAUCGGUCCGAAGAAGUCGUUGAUCACUGAGCAACUUUAUAUCCACGCCAAGUGCAUGGUCGUGGAUGAUCGUAUCGUCAUCAUUGGUUCUGCGAACAUCAAUGAACGCUCCAUGCUUGGUUCUAGGGAUUCAGAAGUCGCUGCUAUUGUUCGGGAUACGGAGAUGCUUCCUUCGAUGAUGGCCGGCAAACCUUACAAGGUUUCCAGGUUCGCACACACGCUGCGCGUACGGCUGAUGCGGGAGCACUUGGGCAUCGAUACCGACGAGAUGCUCGGAGAAGAGCAGUCUGAGGUAUUUGAUAGUGAUUUGUCGCGUCCUUCGACAGCAGAGUCUAACUCUACCAUCGAACAGCAGCUUAUUGAGAACAAGCACCGCGCUGAGGAAGAGUUGAUCGCGCAGGAAGAGCAGAUGCACAGCUUCAACCAUGACGCGGACUGGAUUCAGGAAAACAACCCCAACCUUCCUCUUCGCCACGGUCUGACCACAGACUCGCGUGUGACUGACAACGACGCGCAUCAACGUGAUGUCCGAGGCGAGGGUGCCGACAACAUGCUUGCGCAUAUGCAUCGUGGCCAGAGUUAUGGCCGGGACUCGACUCUCACGACGGACGGUCGUGAGGUUCUCGUCCAUGACACCGCUCCUGAAGGAAAGGGUACGGUAGACCACCCUCGCAGGCACGGCAGUCCCAAGAAGACACGCGAGAGGAGCAACACCGCCCGCAGCCGCAACAGCGCUCGCAGCUUCAACGCUCCCCACCAACCCCACCAACCCCACCAACCCUAUCAACCCUAUCAACCGGAGCCCAGCAGCACCGCACUGCCACCUACAAAUCUCCCUCGCUUGAACACUCACCAGCUGGGUCUCACGCAGCUGUCGCAGCUGCCAGCCCUUCCCAUGUCCGACGACACGGACAUUGGCGGACCGCCGCUCCAGCGCACUUUUUCUGCCAGGAGCAACAACUUCAUCAACCAGCUACUGUCUGAGAUGCGACGCCCGGUUGUGACCCCCGACUGUAUGAUCGACCCUCUGAACGACAGCUUCUACAUUGAUACUUGGCAAGCCGUGGCCGAGAACAACACCAAGCUUUUCCGUUCGGUCUUCAGGUGUAUGCCGGACAACGAGGUUCGGACUUGGAAGGAAUACCGCGAAUAUGCUGCCUUUUCAGAGCGCUUUGCCAAGUCACAGGGCGCUGGUAAGAGCGAGACGCGUCUGGCGCAGGAUGCCGAGGGUCGUACCGGCCCGCCAGGCACCGGUACGACCAUUGGCGACAAACUGCACCCGGGUAGGCUGGGAGAAAAGUUGGGCGGGAGCAAGGACGACGGAAAGCACCCGCAAGGCGGCGUUGAGCAAUGGGCCGAGGAGCAGGAGAAGCGAUGCAACGAGAACAAGAAGCCUUCAACCUCGGCGUCAGCCAACCUCCCCGUCAACGGCCACCUCGACGAGAAGGCGGCGCUGCGCAGCAACGACACCCUGCGGCCACGUUCGGCCAACGACGGCGCGCGUGAGCGCACGCCCUCGACGGAUAACACGCUGCACCCGGACCGGUCGCGUACGAUUACCAUCACGGAGCCGCUGACGCUCAACACGAGCAGCACUGCGAUCAACCGGUCGCCCAGCGUCAAUGCGCCGCGCAGCGCGCACAGCGAGGGUAACGCGUCGCCGUUCCAGGAGGCGGCCAAGUCGAAGGGCAGCCAGCGCCGCCGCAAGCGCGCGGGCACUAAGAGCAGCACCAAGAACUUCAACGCGCACGACGAGACGGCGCUGCUGUCAGGCGAGGAUGCCGAGCAGCUGCUGGAGAUGGUGCAGGGCCACCUUGUUGUUUGGCCUUAUGACUGGUUGGAGGUCGAAGAGCGCGGUGGUGGGUGGCUGUACGCGGUGGACCAGAUCGCACCGCUGGAAAUCUACUCUUAAACGGCGUCGUGUUCUCGCUCCUCCUCUUCAUCACUCGACCACGCACAGCGUAGACAGCUUGCCUGUUGUUCCGUCUUCCGGUUUUUAUAGCGCGGCGUUUUCAUGGGGACCGGACUGGUUUCAUCGGGACA